UAUCGAUAAAAUCGCCCAGCAUAUUUUUAAGCAUUAAGCACGAAGUUACUAAAGAAAUUAUUAAAGUUAUUGAAGAAAAAUCAUUUUUCUUUUUUACAAUUUUUUGUCAUUACUUUUUUAGAAUCAACCUGGUGGUAAGCCCAACAUAUGUCUCAACAACAACCACAGGACUCAAGACAGCAAAUGCCUGUUUCUUCUGGAGUACAGAUUUCCCAACAAGCAUUCUCCAUGCAAGACAUGGGUGAAGAAAAGACACGGAAAUCAAGAAGAAUAUCGACAUCACAUCUAUUACAAACGCAAGAACAAAUGAAUCAAUCCGAGUUGAGAGGAGUUGAUACUCCAUUGCAACCUCAACAAACAAUGAACAAUGUGCUGCAGCAGUUGAUCACCAUGUAUGAAUCUGCAACAUCUCAAACGGAACAGAUGCAAGUGUUACACUUCCUUGCAUCUAAUCCUUUACUAAUGCAAGCCUAUUUAAGAGCUCAGACUGAUCAGAUUCAGGGCCAAAUCCGAGCUCAGAGACAAAUCCAACAAAUUAACGCCAACCCUCAACGGCCACAACAACAGCAACAGCAACAACAGCAACAGCUACAGCAACAGCAACAGCAACAACAGCAACAGCAACAACAGCAACAGCAACAGCAACAGCAACAGCAACAGCAACAGCAACAGCAACAG